AUGAAGGAUGCAAUGGCUAAAACACUUCGCGCUUCCCGCAGGCUUUUUUUAUUGAGAGUAAGGGUACGGAAGAUUGGUCCGUUCCGCAAAGCUGAGCUUUUCGGUUCGCUCCCCCAACCUUCUUACCAGUCUGCCUCCUUUCUCUUGAUGGAAUAUAACAAUGCCCAAGCUCCUGCUUUGCUUGAGUUCUUCACCGGCGCGGGGCUGUCUCACUUAUCCCGCUCCCGUCUCAUCUUCUGACGAGAAGCAAAACUCGAACAUCUCGAGCGGAUGGUCCAACUAAAUAACUUUUUCUUUUUCAUUACUUCCAUGGUCGUGCCUCGUGGCACGGCAGUACCCGUACUAUUGAAAUGGUUUGUCAGUAGAGAUGUUCCCACAGGUGCCCAUUCUUCCAAUGGUACUAUAAUUCCUAUUCCUUUCUCUUUAUUCCCUCUUUUGGUCUAUCUACAUUCCAGGAAAUUCAUACGCUCUCUGGACGGAGCAAAAAGUGGAGUCUUGCGAAGCAUGAGCGAGCACGGAGAAGUAAAGGCCAAACACUCAGGCCUAACGAGAAUGAGUAAGGAUGCAAUGAGAAGAUGAGGUGCUCCGGGCACCCCCAUUUAGAAAGAAGGUUCGAAGGUUUUGGGCCUGUAGCUUUCGUCCGUCCUUCGUCGGGUGGUACUUGUGUGUGGGGUGUGCUACCAGAAAUCGGGCUUGAAGCUCUCGCCUUACCAACGAGCCGGCAGCUGAUGGCUGUUGGUCACGACUGCUACCAAAAAGCUCCAAUGAAGAUGAAUAUUUCACAUGGAGGAGUGUGCGUCUUUAUCUUGGGUGUUCUUCUGUCGUGC